UCCUCACAGGGCGAAAUCGCGUCAAGGCUGGUGCAGUAAGAGUAAGACGGCAUUCCGUCGCAUUCCACGGAGUGGUCUUCGCGAGGAGAUCGGAAGUACAACGGACACGAUGUACGGCUUGUACAGAGCGUGGUUUGGCGGCGGUGCCGCGGCCACGAGUAACUACCCUUGCCUCCAGGACACCUUCUCGCCACCGGACACGGUGGUGCGAGUCGGUAACGAGGGCGAGCACCAGUUCGUGGCGCACAAAGGCGUGCUCGCAGCCCACAGCGGAUAUCUGAAAGCACUGCUAACGAGUACGGCAGCCACCACGACGAUGUCGACCCCGUCCUCCUCCGGCGACGGAAGUGACGGUGGCGGCGGUGGCGGCGGCUCGUCAGCAUCGGCGAGCUGCUCGCCCUUUGACCCUGCCUGCGCGACCGUCGCCGCCGUGACGAUCGGCCAGUCGCAACGCUCGCAACCGGUCACCUCCGUCUCGGUCUCGUCCGUCGGUGGGGAGGCGUUCGCGCCUCUGCUCAACUACAUGUACACCGGGCGGCUGGAGGUGACACUGGACAACGUGUACAGCGUCCUGCUGGCAACACACUUGCUGCAUAUGCCGGGCGCCCUCGAGCAGUGCAGAGCCGCGCUGCUGAGGCUGAGGGCGCCGCCGGCCCUGCCGACGCCGAUGCCGACGUCCACGUCGACGGCCGCGACGUCGCCGCCGGGCACCGGGAGCAUAUUAAGACCAAUACCGAGCAGGCUGCUGGUGGGUCCGCCGCUUUGCUGGCCCCCGACAACCCCGCUCUACGCACCGACUGCACCGGCACCGGCCUCCGUCGCGAUGCCGCAUCUACCGCAGAUGCCACCCUCGGUGCUGAUGCAACCGACCGUGCCACCCAGCAUCAACGUCGUGGCGCCCGGCACGAGGGACAAGCAGGAGCAAUGCGCGCAUUAUAGUGUCAACGAGGUGUCGACGGGCAAGUCGCCGCAGUCAUCGCCGACGCACACGGUGCACCAUCGCAAGCGCCAACGACCGAGUUCCCGCUCGCGGACGCCGGAGAUCGUGUCGACGGUGGCCCUGCCGUUCGUGGCGGCGGCCGCGGCCGCGUUCACCGCGUUCGCCGUGACGAGCGGCGCUACCAACUCCACCAGAGCGUCGUCGCCGUCGCGCUCCAUCUCGCCGGCGCCGUCCACCGUCUCGCGGACGCACUCGCCCACGGCGACGGUGUCGUCGCAGCACCACAACCACAAGUCCAUGAUCACGGCGACCUCGGAACGCGAGAUCGAGACUCAGCAGCACAUCGCGCCCGCCGGCAGGUCGUGCAACGAUCCGCAACACAGGUCGAUUUCCGGCGACGACGGGGCGAUCCGCAGCCGUGGCAACAACAGCAACAACGGCGACACGACGUCGGAACACUCGGACCGGGCGCGCUCGUCUCGCCGACGAGCCCGCUCGGGCACAAGCGGCGCGAAGGAGACCACCACCGGCCCCUCGUCCGCGUCGUCCUCGAGCACCGUCUUCUCCGUGGUGUACGACAUCGCAUGCUGCGACGGCCCGGUGCGCUUUCACCGGGUCUUGAACGAGAACUACUCGUCGUCGACGUCGUACGGUGUGCUCGGCGGCGGCGGCGGCGGCGGCGGCGGCAGCGGCGGUAGUGGCGGCGGCAGCGCGCAGACACGCGGCCCGCAGCAGAGGAACUGCCAAGCGGAUCGCGAGGACCUGUCGAGCGAGAACGACGAGAACGGCGGGCCGACGGCGAUGGCGACCGUGCCGCCGGCGGCGACGACGCGAGGCGGAAUCGUGCGCAGCCCCAGCAACGACUCCAGCAACGACGGCAGCAACGGCGCCGCCAACAACGCCGGCAACUGCUAUACUUGCGGCUAUUGCAAGCACACGUUCAAGUCGCAGUACUGCUACCGCAAGCACGCCAAGCGGCACCUGCUGCCGACGAGGAUCAACGAGGGGGCAGCAACUGGGGACGCCGCCAACGACUCGGCCCCCAGGCAGGAAGCCGCGCGCGCCACCACCGGGAGACGGGAGGUCCGCCUGUUGGACCUGAACGUGCAGUACUAUCCCUGCAAGAUCUGCGGCUGCAAGUUCCCCAGUUACUACUUCGUGCACAAGCACAGGAAGCUGUGCCACGCGAACGACGAAGAGGGACGAGGCGCCGCGGUGGCCGCGGACGCGGGCGGAGGCGCGACUCCUCGCGACAUGGUCGACGCUCCGUGAGGAGAGAGGCGCAGGAAGACAGCUCGUGUUCUCGUCAAGGAGUAGGUAUCCGGACGAGACACGUCCGCGGAGGGCUAAAUGUAUUAACGAGUACCCCGUAGUGAUUUUUCCGGAGGAAGCGCGCCCGAGACUCUUUCGGUAGUAUUGAGUCUUAUGCGCGAGCACUUGAUCGUGUGUACUUCACGAAAUAAUGUAUUAUACGUGCUGUGUAAUUGUGUAUCUGGACAAGGCAAUAAUAUAAAGACGAGAUUCUGCAAGAUUCUUUCACUCGAGUUUGUCCGUGUUCGUUCGCCAUCACUCACACCGCUCUUUCUCGAGAUGAGCGAGUCUGAAAUCUUGAAGGUCUGAAGGUGUGACUCAAAAUCGCUCUUUCGGACUACUCUUCCGAUUCUCGUUCUCUAGAUGAACAUUCACAAAACGCGGGAACGACAUUGCCAUUAUUCUCUGCUCUUCCCCCUCCAAGGAAGAUAUAGAGCAUGCGAACAGAAUUCAAGAUAUCGAUAUUCGUGUCGAGUAUUUAAUCGCGAGUAGAUUACUUCGAUCAAUCUCGGACUACUACUUUAGAAUGUAACGAAAUGGAUAUUAGAUUUAAUUCCUCCAUUAUUAAGACACAUUUUUGCGUCAUCUUAGAAAUAAAGGAAUCAUGACAUGGAAAACAAUUCAAUUUUUGUAACUAAUCUUCUCUUGUCCGCGGUAACAGACGACUGUUCGAUUGGAGGGACAGAACAAGUCCUGCGGGAGAUCUCCGUUCAUUCAAUUCU